AUGCACAUCCUCCAGCUUCCCGUAGAACUCCAACAGGAGAUUCUCUUCAACCUUGCAUGGCACGAACACUUUAUCGCAUCACAAGUCUGCCAGAAAUGGGCUUCAAUCUUCACCAGCGAGAAAUUCCGACGGAAGCGCUAUGUUUACGACAAAAUCCAACCAAAUGUACCUCUUCCGGGAUUCCCGACCAAUUGGGGAUUUCAGAGGUACCUCCCCCAGGAUGAAGGACCCCCGUGGCGAUCCCGAAGUGGUGGAGAGUUGAGUUUACACGGACUUUUGUGGUCCGACACGUUGAUUAUGUUCCUGAGCAGGGAGAAAGGAGAGGUUAAGGCCAGAUUACUGGUUACGGCUGACGCGGUUGGGUAUUUGACUGAACCGAGGGGGUUGGGACUGUUGAAGCAAUUCCAUGAGAAAAGAUACGGGCGACGAAGUCUUUAUGAUAUUACGGAGUCUCCUUUGCUGGAUCAUGAUAAAAUAUUCUUUUGGGGAGAACCAACGACGAAGAUUCCGAACCCCGAGGGUCAUGAGGAUGGGGGAAAGAAGGGAUUUGUAAAACAAGUUGGUUUUGCUAGUCCUGCUCCUAAUGACUCCCACAUAUCCGAAAAGAAUGGAAAAGAUGGAGGGUCAUCCGGCGAAGGAUCUGAUGCAGCCCGACCAGCUAUCUCGAAGAAGCUUCCAAAAGACCCACCGGUUGUUAUCUUCAGAGGUCCGGCACGUGUUCAUCAACUCAAACCGGGGAUACAACCUCGUUAUGUGAACAAUCCCGGUGAAUCAAAGAGUUCACCAUCGUCGGAGCAUAGACGCUGGACCGUCAAUGAUUUCGAAGAAACUUAUGAAAUCGGGACAGAGCCCUUACACUAUUCUGGGUCUAAUGGCGACAGUAUCAGAGACUUCCUCGAAACUAUACGGAAGUUUUUGGCAAGGGAUCUCUUUGUGGAUGAGAGUUCCACUUUGGCUUGCUGGUGUAUCUUCGAUACCGAGCAUAGAUACCUCUAUUCUUAUGAUCAGCAAUCAGGUGCCGGUAGUCUUUCACAUCGGGAUCCCAGAAGGAAUAUAUGGGUUCCUACGACCAUUCUUAGGAACGGCGAGAAACAAAACAAGCACAAGGUAGACUAUACAUCUAGAGCGCGAACUAAUCGAAAUUAG